GAAGGAAUGUUGCAGCAUGCAUAAGGAAACUGACUGCAGUGUUGAUGGAUACUUGUCAAAUUGGCGAUACGUGAGUCUGGUCUUCGAGAUGGUUAUCUGUGGCUGGGGAGUCGUUGGGUGCUGCCUCAGCCUGUGGUGUUUGAAGACAUGCAAGAAAAUGCAAACAGGGAUGAAGAUACAGCUCCUUUUCUUCUUCACGACCACGCUCAUCAUAUCCUUCGUUGUCCUGCCUGCUUAUGCUGUGAUGGACUACUGGCGUUUCUGCUGCUGGCAGGCGGAGAUGAUCGCGAAACUAAGCUCUUUCACCAGUUAUACCAUCCUUGGCAUCAUAGAGAGGAAUGUCUUUACCGUCAUCGCUACCAUACAGAAUGAUAGCUGUCUGUUUCCCUCUGAAGUACAAACAGUGGUCAAAGUGGCCUCUGGUUCUCGGCAUCGAAGUCUCGAUUUGUCUCAGCGUCGUGUUGUUGUGGGUCGUCGCGAUUUUUACUCAGGACCUGGACACGGUUGAGGUAAACGACCCGAGCAGUUACACCAUGGGGAGAGUCCUCUUUUACCUCUUCCUCUUGGUGCCUAUCAUCAUCACCGUGGUCGCCUACGUGACCAUGAUUGCGUUUAUGCGCUUCAAGGGGAGUCUGAGGACCAGCCACAGGAAGCAGGUUUCCUUCGGCCUCGGCAUCCUCAUCCUCACCAACCUCCUCCUCGACGUGCCCCACAUAGCGAUGCACCUCUCGGGCGUGGACUCCAAGAGCCUCCCCUUCAUCCUCAUCCACGUGAUCUACCGUCUUCACUACGCCCUUGACCCGUUCAUCUUCGUGGGUCUGAAUGCUCCUUACCGCCAAAGGGUCCUUCGCUGUGUGUCCUUCAGGAGGCUAGGGAGACGCGACAACACCCUCUCUCUCUCUCCCGUGACCAAUGGCAACACACGGGUGGAUACGUCGACGGCUUUCUAGGGCGUGGUGUUGCCCUGGGGUUUGUCUCACCUGCAGGAGGGUCGACCGUCUACUCGUAAGGAGGUCGACUAUCGACUCACAGGUCAACUAUCAGUUCAAAGCAGGUCAUGCAUCGACUCAGAGGAGGUAUGGCAUCGACUCAAAGGUCAUCCAUCGAUUCAGAGGUCAUCCAUCGACUCAAAAGAGGUCAUCCAUCGAC